GGUGCCAGGAUUCGCUUUCCCAAACCCGAGAGCCAGAUCCAGACGAAAAAACCCAGCAAACUCGAACCAAACCAAGCUAGGCGCAGCCAUGGAUCCCCUCUCCGUGCUCCGGGACUACGCCGCCCGCGACGAGUUGGACAAGAUCAUCUUCUCCGGCGACGACAUCCUCUUUGGCUCGGACUACUCCUUCCCCGCCAACGUGCCCACCGCCUUCACCUCCAAGCAGUCCGGCCGCCCCUACCCCCUCUCCGCCGCCGUCUUCCUCGCGCAGCACAACGACCUCAAGCACACCGACUUCCUCCAGGCCGCCCGCCUCCGUCGCAUCCCGCCCGUCUCCCUCCCUGACCGCAAGACCUUCCUCGACUUCCUUCAGUACGGCGACAACUCCCUCCCUUCCGAACCCCUCCUCCCAUCGUCCCUCCCACCCUUCUCUCAGGAUGCCCAGCCGCCGCCGCCCGAGGAAUCCAUCGCCGACGAGGCCUCCACCGCCCACAUCCGCUCCCUUGAGCGGCCUCUCAAGGACCGCAACGCCAUCCUCGACGCCCGCGGCCGCGACUUCCUCGCCAUUUACCACAGCGUGCUGCGCCGCGAGGAGGAGCGCGUGCGCAACAAGGACAGCGCACCCCCCUCGGGCCGGCACGAGCCCUCCGUGACCGCGGUCGCCCUCGCGAAUCCCAAGGUUGAGAAGGUUGUCGGCGACGGCUUCGUGCCCAUUAUACUGGUGCCUAGCGCGUCGCAGACGCUGAUUACGAUCUACAAUGUGAGGGAGUUCCUAGAGGACUUCGUGUUCGUGCCGAGCGAGGAGAGGAUGCGGGCGAUGAAGGGGAGCCCGAAGCCUGAGUGUGUCACGGUGCAGAAGAAGCAUCGCGGGGAGAGGAUGGGCGCAGCUGGGGGUCCAGUGUCGUUCGAGGUAAGGGACAAGCCGGCUUCACUCAAGCCGGACGAUUGGGCACGAGUGGUGGCCGUGUUUGUGCUCGGAAAGGAGUGGCAGUUCAAGGACUGGCCCUUCAAGGAUCAUGUAGACAUCUUUAACAAGGUUAUUGGUUUCUAUAUACGUUUUGAAGAUGAUAGUGUGGAGGCAGCAAAAGUGGUCAAACAAUGGAAUGUGAAAAUCAUAUCUAUAAGCAAAAAUAAAAGGCAUCAAGACAGACCAGCUGCUCUUGAGGUAUGGGAGCGACUAGAGGAGUUUGUGCGGGCACGUUCAUAAUGGAAUAAUCAUGUUAUUUCCUGUUAUCAACCCAAAUGUCGUGUUGAGUGAUUGAAAUGAACUUUACGCUGGUUGAUUUGUUGACAAGCAGAACAGCCAGCACAAGAUCCCAAUGUCUUAUUUCACGGUGAUGGUCGAUGGCCAAAAGAGAUGACAGGAACCUACAUGCCUGCAUCCAUGAGGAUUUGUUACUCACACGACAGUCACCGAGCUAUGAUGUAGUCCAUUCAUUCCUAACAUUUUUAACUGCAGACUGAUGACAUGGUUCUAGGCUCUGCUUAAUGCAUAGUAUUGUUGCGGAUGGUGUUGUUAUGUACCUGUCCUUCUUUUUCUCUUCUCCAAAGCACUUGUAUGGAAAUGCUGGCAUCUAAGCCUACUGUUAUCCAUCAACCGAACUUUAUCUGAUUCAAUUGCUGUAA